AUGAUUCCCUCGUCACCAAUACUGUCUUCAUUUGAUCCUGCCCUUCAUCUUCACUCCGAAGGUCCUGAAAAUACUAAUCCACAAUCCGAUUCAUUCUCCGACGAUCUCGAGGCAAUCAACCUACACCGUCUCGAACAAACCCGCAACCGAGUUGUAAUUCAGCAUCGCGCGUGGGAUAUAUCAGAUGUAUUUCGCAGUGAGGACGACAUAAGAUCUGUAGAUACGCCGACAAAAGCCUCUGUUGCAACUACCAGACACUUUUCUCGUACCCCGACUCGGUACAAUUACAAUCUACCAUCUUCUCCACCCAUCCCAAAAAUGCCAUUCAUCUCAUCUAAGAGUGCGCUAGCGCCGACGUCUGGUAAUGCAGCGAAUGAUGCGCAGAAGAGGAAAGCUGCAGAGGGAGGUUCACAGUCGACGGAGCCAAAGCGGCAGCGCAUGGUGGGAGGCUUUGUCGAUGACGAUGACGAUGACGAUGAGGAGGAGGACGGUCUUGCCGCGCUCAGAGAUGAGGAGUUCAAGAGCCAAUACGACCUUCCAGAGCACUAUCAGGAACCUUCCGCGGACCUCGCUAGUAUAACGGCACCGCCCCAAACGAGUUUCAAGCCCAACAACAUAGCCGACCCUAUGCCAGCAGCCCCGAGACCAAUAUCAGGACUGACGUCCCGGCCAGCUCCAGCAGCCCCAAAAAGGUUCCAGAUCAAGACGUGCUCUGGCAAGACCCACAAUAUCUCGACAAGGAAGGCCCAGCCGCCUGUCUCCUAUGAACAAAUGAUCGCGAGCCGCUCCGAAUCGGAACCCGGAAAGGCGACAAAGAGUUAUUACGGUAUCGACAUCCACAAAUUGCUGGACGAGGCAGCCAAGGAAACCAAAUCCUUGAAGACAAAGCCUCCCCCACAAGUCCGACAAUCCAUUGAAAUAAACACCGGCAAUGCAAAGCAGAAGAAAAUAGAUUCCUUAAUGUGGACAGAAAAAUAUCGUGCUCGCAAAUUCACGGAUCUCAUUGGCGACGAGCGCACUCACCGAUCAGUGUUGCGCUGGCUCAAGGGCUGGGAGCCGAUUGUGUUCCCUGGCCUGGCCAAGUCUCGACCAAAGAAACCUGCUCAGCAAGAAGAAGACUUCAUCCACCGAAAGGUUCUCCUAUUGAGUGGCCCGCCUGGACUUGGAAAAACAACACUGGCACAUGUGUGUGCCAAGCAAGCAGGUUACGAAGUGCUUGAGAUCAAUGCAAGUGAUGACCGCAGCAGAGAUGUAGUGAAAGGCCGCAUCCGUGAUGCCUUGGGAACAGAGAACAUCAAAGGCAUGAACGUGGAAGUCGGCGAGCAAAAGGUCCGCCGCGCCGGUAAACCCGUUUGUGUAGUGGUGGACGAAGUUGACGGUGUGACUGGUGGUUCAGGAAGCGGUGGUGAGGGUGGCUUUAUGAAGGCCCUGAUUGACCUUGUCUUGUUGGACCAAAGGAACUCGAAGCUGUCUUCAGAGGGCAACAAUGGCAAGAAGCGCAAGGGAGAUACCUUCCGAUUUAUGCGGCCAUUGAUUCUGGUUUGCAAUGACCUUUAUCAUAGCAGUCUUCGGCCUCUGAGGGCAUCGUCUAUCGCAGAGAUGAUCAGUGUUCGCCAAGCUCCAUUGGAGAAUGUUGUCCAGCGAGUCAAGGUCAUUUUCGGUCGCGAAGGCAUUCCCUGUGACAGUGACGGAGCUCGGAGACUCUGUGAAGCAGCCUGGGGCAUGGUGAGCAGAAAGCAGCGCAAUUCCAAAACCACAGGAUCCGCUGAGGGUGAUAUUCGAAGUGUGCUUGUUGCCGCGGAAUUCGUGGCGCAUAAGCUUCGCAACGAGUCAUUGCCAUCCUCUCUCAGAUUGACGAGAACCUGGCUGGAAAGCAAAGUACUGAACGCCUCCACUGAGGGCAGUGCAUUCUUCAAAGAAUUGAGUCGCGGGGGAGUUCGUGAGAUUGUCAACCGUGUUUUCACGGAAGGUGCUGGUUUCUCAGAUGCCCCAGUCGGCAUGAGCUUCCAAGAUAAGUUUGAUAACGGGAACAGCCGUGUUCCAGUCGGUGUGGCGGAUUUGCGCAAGCGCCACGCAAUCAACCGAUUGAGGGAGAUGGUAGAUUCCAGUGGUGACCAUGAUCGCUGUGUAUCUGACUGUUUUGCUUCAUAUCCCAUCCAGCAAUACCAGGAUGAUAAUUACUUCUCCAAACCCAAUGCUGCCCAUGACUGGCUUCAUUUCCACGACUUGGUCAGCUCAAAAGUCUACUCAUCCCAAGAAUGGGAGUUGAUACCGUAUUUGAGUCAGGCGGUUGUCGGAUUCCAUCAUCUAUUUGCCACAGCCAAUGGCAGGACCACCGACGAUGACAAAAACGACGGCGACGAAGAGAUGGAAGAACCCCACCCUUUCUCAGGCCCCAGAGCCGACUUUGCUGCAUUUGAAGCACAAAAACAAAACCGUGCUGCCUUGACUGCCUUCCAUGCCUCCUUCUCAGCGCCCAUGGCCCGCAUGUUCCGUUCGAGCGAAAGCGUGAUCACCGACUUAGUCCCCCACCUGCUUCGCAUGCUAUCACCGGACGUCAAGCCGGUCAUCGUACGCGGAAACGGGGAUUCAAGAAGCACAGCAAGUGUCCGCAAAGAAUCCGAGCGUGCACUCGUUCAUUCCGCCGUGCGUGUCAUGAGUGGAAUGGGCGUCUCAUUCGAAAAAGUUCGCGUAGAACACGAAGGAAGCCAUGGCGGCUGGGCAUACAGGAUGGAGCCGCCGAUCGAUUCCCUCGUCCUCUUCUCGAAAGUCAAAGGCCUUGAGUCAUCGGGCACAGCACCGGUGCGCUACGCCGUCCGCCAGGUCCUUGACCAAGAACUUCGCAAGACGACAACUCGCACCAAGUCUGACUCCAGUGCAUCCAAACUUGCUGCUAGGGCUCCUGGCAAGGCUGAUGAUGGUGCAGCUAAGGCAAUGCGCGAGGCAGCCGUCAAGCGCGACUUCUUCGGUCGGACACUCGAGCAGCCGGCGCCACAGUCGAGUGAUCUAAACGGCACAGAAAACUGGGCAGAUGAGUCGUCUAAAGCUGGGCGGAAAGUCUGGGUUACUUUCCAUGAGGGAUUCUCCAAUGCUGUUCGAAAACCAAUAUCCAUGGGAGAGCUGCUAGCUGGGUUGUAA